AGUUAACCGCCAAUAUGAUAGACAUAAGUAUGUACGGAAAUCAUUCAUCGCACACCAGUGGUUUUCAGAACAGUGAUCUUGGGGCCGGAGGGUACCCCUACUUUACAGCGGGUCACCACCACCAUCACCAUUAUCACCAGCACCAAAGGCAACCUGUGCAAUCGCAUCAACAUAACAACUCCGCUAAUGUUGGUAAUAGUACUACGGCUGUGAAUAAUGCUACCGGUAACACCGCAGUGACCUCGAACAACAGCAGCAACAAUAGCAACACUUCCAAUCCGCCCACGGCCAAUGUCCAUCAGACUUCUUCCUAUGCUCACACAUCUCAUCUAUAUAGUCCGUCCGCGAUCGAAUACGGCAUCACUACCUCUAGCUCUCCGACGACCGAUUUGUAUUUCGAAGGUGAUAGCCAGGGUGCAAUCUACUACGGCCCCGGACAGCCGGCACCGACGGCACCAUUCCAGGAAAAUAGGAUCAUUAGCGCCGAUAAUGGUUUGAGCUACACUAAUCUGGAUUAUGCGAUGUACCAUCAGACACAGGACUGCGCCGAUCCUAGUUAUCUGGCGCAUCAUCACGAUUCCAAGCUGCAUCUGCAUCGCUACGGAACCUUUGCUGGGGCUUUAGCGGACGAUGCAGCGAUCGCCGGUGAUCAUAAUCACCAUAAUCACCUUCACCAACAUACGCAUAUUUCGCACCCGCACAACUCUACCUCGCCUAGUGGGGUGAACGGUGGAACAGCUACCGGUUGGGGUCAAGUGUACUCCGAAACGAUUGCUCAACCUCCGCAACACCAACAUCUACAGCAGCCCCAUAAUCAGCACUCCGUAGCACAGUGCAGUCCUAACGUUGCUACAUCCGCACCCAUGAUUGACUCGCCGCAAGUACUGCUAAACGCGGGUGCAUCUGACGAUGGCGACAGUAACGGUGGAGUUGGUACUAAUUUUUCGCACCUCCAGCACCAUCAUCACCACCCUCAUCAUCCACAUCACCAUCAUCAUCAUCAUCAUGCGGCAGUGUUGCAACAGACCAUGCAUACUCAACAGCAGCAGCAUCAGCAGCAACAGCAACAACAGCCGCAUCCGACAAAUCAGCAAUCGCAACAGCAUCAGCAGCUGCAGCAGCAACAACACGCUCACCAACAGCAAAACCAACCGAAUGCACCCACUUACAAGUGGAUGCAGGUUAAACGAAACGUGCCAAAGCCUCCAAUGACCAAGCCUGUACAAUUAGCAACGUCACCGGAAUAUCACAUUCCUGCCCAUGUACUCGACCCACUACGAGUUCCUAGCCACACGACUGUUGCUCCCAGUACAGUUUCACCUCACCAGUCAAGUUUUCUGAUGAACAACAACAGUACGGGGCGCACGAAUUUCACCAACAAGCAGCUGACAGAGCUGGAAAAAGAAUUUCACUUCAACAAAUAUCUGACACGGGCAAGACGAAUAGAAAUAGCUAACUCUUUACAUCUGAACGAAACACAAGUAAAAAUCUGGUUCCAAAACAGACGCAUGAAGCAGAAGAAACGCGUCAAGGAAGGCUUGGUGCCACCGGAAGUGCAGAGCCAAUCCCCCAAACACUCCUCUUCCAUGAUUAACACCAACGAUUCCUCAUCGGCCAGCUCAACGGCAGCAUCAAACACGGUGGCAGCAACUGCUUCCGGAACCUCGAACACUUCUACCUUAAAUGAAAGCAAUGAAAACAGUCGCGAAUCAACUACUAUUUAG